UAGAGACUAUGCUUAUUGGCACUAACAUACACAUUCACUAUAACCUCUUUAUCCUUGCAAAGUUGCUUUGAGACACUAAUAAAUAAAUACAACUGAAUUACAAUUGAAUUGAACUUCUACAGCUGAUCAUCUUAAACUUCACACCCUGUGUUGGUUUCAAUGAAAGCUGUAAUGACGUCACUCUGUGGGAUUCUUCUGAAAACAGGAAAGGACACUCUAUUUCCAAACCAAACCUAUCCUUCACCUUCAUAUCAUAUUCUACUUCUGAAGUGGGCUAGUUUUCAGUAAUGACCAUGACAGAAAGAUGGAUAACAGGCCUGACUCAUCUCCUCAUCUUUACAAUGAUUUAUCAUGUACUGUCUGUAUUAGCCGAUAAAGAAUGGCAACCCUGUUCACAAAACUUCACACAAGUUUAUUGUCCUAGUAACAUCACUGUAGAGGUGAAGGCCAUGACCGAUGUAAACAACUGUGGGGAAAAUGUGAAUAUGAUCUGUAAUACCAACCUGCCUCUGAACCUUACCUGUGGCUUUAAAUGGAAUGGGGAACAGAAUCAGACAGAUAGCAAUAAUCAAAGCAUAAAUCAGAUCAUCUCUAACAAAAAAGCAUUCAUCUGUACUGUUCUGAGUCCAUGUGGAAACUUCAGUUCUUCAUCUUAUGAACAAAAGUGCAAAGAUCAACUCACUAUAGUUCUGUUGAUCUGUGGAAUAGGAGCCAUUCUCAUCAUCCUCGUGUUUGGUAUGACCAUGAAGAUUAUACUGAAGAGAGGAGAAGUUCAAAGGCAGGCCAGGAGGCAACAGAGACAAGCAAUGCAGAGCAACGACAGCACUGCAACCACCACAAGCUACUGGUGAGAGGGAGAGAGAUAGGGAUAGUUAUUGUGUGAAUGUAAUUAUUUGAUUUGUUACCGAUGAGCUUGUGAGGACAAGAUUAUUAUAAUUUUUCAGUAUAGGCACUAUAUCCUUUCUUUUAAAAAUAUAGUUGCUUGAUUUCCUGUAUGGCUAUGUAACAUAUUGUACAUCAUUUUCAUUUUGUGGAUUGAUUUUGUGUUUGUUUAUAAAUAUACAAUAAAACAAUUGUCUAAUAAUUAGAACAUACAGUAUAU